AUGAAGCUGAUGUUGGUUGUGUUUUGGAUGAUAGCGGCGGCCAUGGCGGCAUUAGUCGGCCCGCUCCCGCCUACCGAAGACCCGUUCUACCAACUCCCACCAGGGUUCGAACAGGCCAAGCCCGGUGAUAUCUUGAAGUCAAGACCGACGCCUGCCCCCAUCCGAUCGGUACUUCUCCCGGCCAAAGUGAAAUCGGCCACUCAGUACCUUGUGCGCUCUACUGACCAGCACGGUAACCCUACUGCCUUUGUCACCACGUUGAUCAAGCCGUUUAAUGGCGAUCUGAGCAAAUUGGUAUCGUUUCAAACCGCUACCGACUCGUCCGACCCUAAUUGUGCUCCCUCCUACUCAAUCUUAGCUGGAGCGGAUAUUACCACCAUUGAAACUCAAGUAGAGUUUCUCCAGGUGCAAUUGUUGCUUGACAAAGGCUACAACGUCGUGUGGCCCGAUUUCCAAGGCCCCACCUCUGCUUACAUUAUGGCUAAGAUGGGGGCUUACGCCACGUUGGAUUCGAUUCGGGCCGUGUUAAACCAAACUCUGGGCAGUGGUAUUGAUGCUGACGCUCGUACCGUGUUGUGGGGUUACUCUGGUGGCUCUCAACCCUCAUCGUGGGCUCUGGCUCUCCUUGAGGAGUACGCGCCAGAUUUGAAAGAUAUCGUUGUCGGUGCCACUUUUGGUGGUACCGUAGCUGACAUCAAGGCCGUCGCUAAGAAGAUUGACGGUACCGUGUACGCUGGGUUCCUCGUACAAGCGGUGGCAGGUAUUAUAAAGACCUACCCUGAAGUGUCCGACUUGUUUAACCAGGAACUUUCCACGCAAAAAGUAACGUUUUUGGACCAGGCGUAUAACCUCUGUAUGAUUCCUACCUUGGUUGUCUACGGGUUGCAACGGGUAUUCUCGGCUCCCUUCCAGUGGGCUAAAGACGGCUGGGCCGUGUUUGACAACCCUCUCGUCAAGACCGCUGUCGAUGAGAAUACGUUGGCUAACCUGGUCAACCCUCAAAUACCCCAGAUCCCCAUCUUCAUGUACCACGGGACCAACGACGACGUCAUUCCGUUUGCGGAAAACUCCGAACGGAUUUAUAACCUGUGGUGUCCUCAAGGAGCUAACAUCGACUUUGCCGUCGACCUCACGGGGAUCCACGUCACUACCGCCGUCACCUCGUUGCCUGCUGCCUACAAAUUCAUUGACGAUCGUCUCCACAACCGUCCUUUCCAAACCGGAUGUCGUCGCCGGGACUGGCUUUCUAACGCCCUUAUCCCCGGCACCGACCCCACGAUUAUUCCCUUAGUGGUGUCGACAUUGUCUCUGUGGCUUGGUGUCCCCAUCGGGCCACUUUUGGAUAACCCCGGCCUGGCGGACCUGCAAACAAUCAUCCAGAAGUUGGGCGGGCUUGCGGGUGCUCCCAAUCCCACCAGCUGCAGUAAAGACAAACCCAAGUGUGAGUAUUGCACGGCUCAGGGCAAAGAGUGUGUUUAUGAAGACACCCCGGCCCCUGCUACCAAUCGCAAGGUAAAGAAACCUCCCCGCAAGCCCCGGGCACGGGCCAAAGGCCGGUCAGUGAUCAAAUUGACGUCGCCUCCGCAACAUGAACCCCAGACGCCCCCAGACGACGACGUCGAGCUGAUCAACUUUGAUAACAUUCCCACCGUAUUGGAAGACGCCCUGUGGUUGAGCCAAAUGGUACCGCUACUGCCGCUAGCCUCAACUAAAGGUGAUGUCAACGAUAACGUGAGACGGUUGCUCUUAGUGGAGGAAGCGUUGGUGUCGCUAGACCAACUCUCUCCCCGCGCACCCGACGUCGUGCACUCCCCCUUAAACAACUUCAUGUUGAGUUUGAACAGUGUCCAGCGCCACCUAGACGUGUCGCUGUUGGAAGUCCGCUUACUCCAUUUCUUUAAUGUGUGGAGUCAAAAGACGCUUUUCCAAAGUCGAGAUAAGAUUCAGGUGGAGCUUUGGACGAGAAUAUUACCGCUGUUGUUCAAUUCGAGGGAGCUUGUGCGGAAAGCAGUGUGUGCGUUUCUGGCGAUUGCCCUCUUAGCGCAACUGCAUCCGGGGUUUUUGCUUGAUGACCACUACGCCGCUUCCGACUCGGCGAAGAAAUUAUUCCAAUUCGGGAUGGAUAGCUUUGGGAAACUUGUCGAGUACAUUUUGCUCGGGUUGGCUCGGAUUAAUCUGGAUGAAGAAGUGUCGAUUGAGGAAUUGCAGGCACUAUUUUUAGGGCAGACGAUGAUGUUCGCCACCCUCGCGUGUCUGCUGCGAAAACUGCUACCAGCAGUCGACUUCGAGACUCGCAACGACGUGCUUUCAAUCGCUCGGGGUUUACUGGCGACGCUACAUCGGUGCAGCAGUAAGAUGUGUCAUGGUGUGUUAGGGGAUAUCGUCGACAUUGUCAAAGCCACCGAGAUCCUGGCCAAUACCCCAUUGCCUCUGGAGCUUGGCGAGGAGUCGCCGUUGAUGUCGGUACCUCUUUCUCUGCCCACUUCGCUGCCCCUUACCGCCAGCGCCGCCACCCCUACCGAGUACCCCAUCAGUGAGCACGUGAUGCGAGAGCUCGAGAAGGCGGGCUACGACGAUGCCACCACCGCUACCCUUCGCCAGGCACUACGAGUGUUCAAUUUCUGUAUUCGUCAGAGCAUCGAGUACACGUCGCCGGUGCCGUUUUGCCGAUUCCUCGCCCUCUGCGAUGAUAGUCUCCGCGAGCUCAUAUACGCCAAGCAGCCGCUUGCCCUCGCGUUCAUGGCCAUCGUCAGUGCCAUCUACUUGAUGACCCGCAACUGGUUCCAUCGCAAACUCAACAUCUGGGUCGACUACCUCGAGUGGUACCGGUGGUACCAGCCGGUGCCCUACCCGUGGGAGAUCGCGAUGUACCGUGUUGUCCUCGACUAUGAGUACACCAUCGAGGACUACGACGACUGCAUCACUUUCGACUUCAACAAGAAGUACGACGAGAUAUUCGGCACUUCCCAUAGCUAA